UUUAUUCUGGAUCUGGAUGAUAAUAUUCCAUCUUGGGCCGUGGAUGACCUCCCACGUUGAUUCUUGAUAUUUUAUAUUUUUAAUCCGAAUCGCAAGACGUCUUCUAAAAGAAAUCUCACGAGCAUGCCUCUUCGCGGCGCCCUCCUCCUCUGCCUCCUGGCUCUCCUCCUCCCCGUCUCAUGGGGGCAGCUUCAGCGCAUCGAGUGCCCCAAGAAAAGCGGCAAGUCGGCGCAUUUUUACGCCAUCGCCGACACGGCCAUGGAGAUCCCAUACAGCGAGGAGGUCAACGUCACCGUCUUCGACUGCUCGAGACGAUGCCGAGACGAUCACGGCUGCAUGAGCUAUGGAUACUCUAAGCGGCUCGAGUCCUGUCAGCUUUACGACUACGACAGAGAGACAGGACCCGGGUUCUUGGUGACGUCAUCAGAUUACAUCUACUACGACACGGUGGAUACGAAAACCUCGAAACCGCACUACAUGGGAUCAUGUAAGCACCACCGGUGUGAGAACGGGGCAGCCUGUAGGAUGGAUUGCUCCGAGAGGGGCUACUAUUGCGAGUGCACAGAGGGGUACAGAGAAGAGUUCUGCCAAACGGCUUACAUAAACGAGCCUCGUUUGGUAGAAGAAAUCAUUUCUGAUCGAGGGAGAGAUGGCGUCGGAUUCACUUUCAACAACAUGCAUUUCCUGGCAAUUUCAUCUCUAAACACAAUGGAUCCUUCGGGAAAUUCCGCCCAGGCUGAUCAAGUAAUUCUUCGUUAUGAUUACACCACGGAACAGUAUGAACCGAUGCAGACUCUAGCUGGGUUAGGGAUGGGUUACUUCAUGGCUGAUUUUCAGCUCACUGGGAAACAGUACUUGUUCUUAUGUAACUACAAGGCAUGGGGCGGGACACAAGACACCGAUUCCUUUUUGUGGGUCUACGAUAAUAGUUCCGAUUCAUUCACUGUCCAUCAGACCAUUGCUACCAAAGGAUGUUUAGCACCAGCUAGCGUCAGGUCCUCAGAUGGUGGGUUCUAUCUUUUCCUGGCUUUCUAUUAUGCGCCAUCCACGUACAGCCAAGAAUCCCCGGUCUUCAAGUGGUACCCCCGUUACGAGCGCUUUGUGGAAGUGGAGACCAUAGCUACGACGGGGGUGUUCAUACCAGACAUGUUCGAGAUGGAAGGAACGGUUUAUGUCGGUAUACCGAAUUGGCGAGAUAGUUCGGGUUUUACGACUGCAGCCGAAGUAUGGGAACGUUCGGACUCGUAUGAUCUCUACCGCGGUUGUUACAUCGAUGGAACCAACCGAGCUUUGGACGGUGAAAAUUUUUCUUCGGACUCGAUGACGGUCACGAUGUGCAUCGCGUUCUGUCGAGAUCGUGGCUACCCCUACGCUGGACUCCAGGCGCAAUCACAAUGUUUCUGCGGCGACGAGAACUAUGACGAGCACGGCAGCGCCAGCGACUGCAAUCAGCAGUGCGCGGGGGAUAGUUCAGAAUACUGCGGGGCUUCAUGGCGAAAUAGCAUCUAUAUGACAGAGCCAUCGUGGAGCCAGACCCAAGUCUUCUCCGAUUCGCCAGCCCCCGGUCCCAUGAAUCUUCAUUACUACUCGCACGAUGGAUCGCACUACCUCGUAGCGACUCGCCAUCAUGACGGCACUAGCUGCGACCAGAACACGGAGGUCUAUGUAUGGAACGCCGGCUUGAAAGAAUUUGAGGAUCACCAGACUAUUGCAUUCGUCGACAGCUGCCCGAUAGGGGUUCAUGUAUUCGAGAGAGGCGGUGAGAAGUUCAUGUUGAGUGAGAAUGCACGCAAAUUCUUUUCUACGACGGAGGACGAUCACUGGGCCGUGGCGUGUCGAGUCUUCCGUCUGGUUGAUACGAUGUGGGUGGACUACACGACCGUCGAUGGAUUCAACGUCUUGUCCUUCACAACCUUUGAGCGCGAUGGCGAACUCUAUAUCUUUCAGAGUGGCGGACGAAACGAGACCAAUCCUUACGAGAAUUACAGCGAGUGUACCAAUAAGAUUUAUAAAUGGGUUUAAAGAUAAAGUUAAGUUCUGGUCAUGCGAUUGCAUUGUGAAAGAAACGGUGUGGAAUCGAUCAGAAA